AUGGCGCUGCUCGAAGAGAGUUUCGACAACUCUGUAAAGGUCAUAAUUGUGGGAAAUGGCACUGUCGGCAAAUCGUCUUUGAUUACUCGAUUUUCUGAUGGCAAAUACACCAGCGACUAUAAAAAAACGCUCGCUGUUGAUUUCAUUGAAAAAACUAGACAAAUAAAAAAGAACGACGGAGGCGACGAGACUCUUACUUUUUUCCUCUGGGAUACAGCAGGACAAGAGGAAUACAACAGUAUCACUCGAGCGUACUACCGAGGAGCGAGCGCCGCCGUAAUUGUAUUUUCUACAACUGACCGAGCCAGUUUCCAUGCAGUCCACCACUGGCACAGGAAAAUUACGGAGGAAUGUGGCGAUGUAAUAUGUGUACUCGUCCAAAACAAAAUCGAUUUACUUGACCAGGCGGCUGUCACACCAGCAGAAGUUGCGGAGCUGAGAAAACAGUUGAAUGUGGAACUCUUCAGGACUUCGGUGAAAGACAACAUAAACAUCGAAGCCGUGUUCGACUACAUCGGCCGGGAGUUUCUUGAGCCAUCUCAAAGCCAUUCAGAGCAAGAAAAGAACACGGACGAGUCGCGCUGCACCGAAAAUAUUUUCCUGUCUUCGAACAAUCACGGCGUCGCCUCGCAAGCGUAA